CUGGAACAUUAGACUUCUCCUCUGUGAGAAGCAAACACAUGGAUUUACUGAGAGAAAACUCUGAAUCAGAGGAUUUAUUAAAGGAAGAAGAGCCACAGCUUCGGUAGAAGGAAUGCCCAGUUGGACAAUGGAAAAGGAGAGAGGGAGGGAAGAGAAGAAGAGCGAAAGUACACGGUUAGUUUGUGGGUGAACCCGCUGAGUGCCAAGUGGAUAUGGAAGAUUCUGGCAAAGUCCAAAGUCUGUGAUGUUUCUAAGGAAACAAGGUGCAACUAAGUUCACAGAGCAGAAACUGAACUCACUGGAAGGUCGUCGCUGGAUUGAGAAGAUGAAACUACAAUCAGUGGAGCAAAAAGACCAGGUAAAACUCACCCAGUGGGCACAGGCUAACCAAUGGAGGAUCACAUGACCUGGUCAGACACUACAGGUACCAGAGAAGUUCUGUCACCAUGGUAACACACUUAAUGGGAACUGACCCGGACCUGAACUUCGAUCUGCGGGUUCUGUGUAACAGAGUGAAGGUCCUGGAGCAGAAAGUUUCAACCCUCUAGUCUAACAGCUACCUGAGGAACAGGAUCAGCAGGUCAGAGAGGAGCCUGCUGCUACAGCUCUAACAGCUAGCCUCUGCCUCCCACCUCCCCAGCAUGCAACACUCCCAGAGGCUGGACCAGAGACUCCACAUGCUCAGGGAGGAGGUCAGGAACAUGAACCAGGAGAAGGAGCGAGGGGAGAGGGUAUGGAGGGAUCGACUGCAGCGCUGUCAGAGGCAGCUGAAGGCCAAAGAGGAGGAGAUGAGUCGCCAGUCCCUGUACUUCGAGAACUUUAAAACCCAACUCCAGCAAAAGCUUAGCCUGGCCCAGGACAGAGAGCAGGGCCUACAGAACCGGAUUUACACUUUAGAAAAGCAGUUACUGGACAUGACCGUGAGUGCUGCCACUGGCGUGGCAACGAUCAGUGCAGUCAGAUUCACUGCCGGGACUGUGACACAACAGGAAGAACAAGAGAGGCUACUUUCCAUGAGAGGAGAGGGUGAAGGAGAAGAGGAGAGAAAGGAGGAGAGGAGGAGGCAAUGGCAGCCAAGUGUGGGAGUUGAGAGAGAAGGAGGGCGAGAGGGUGAUGAGGAAAAGACAAAGAAAGAGACACAAGGGGGAAGAGUCAAACUGAAAGACACAAAACAGAACUCAAAUGAAGCCAGGUUGCAAGGCUUCAUCCUGAGCCUGCAGGAGGAUCUCAGGGUGCUGCUGGAGAGAGAGGAGGAUGGGAUGACAGAGCGGAGGAGACUGAUGGAGCAGCUCCAGGAGGCCCAGGAGAACAGCCACUUCCUGGGCUGCAAGGUGGAGGAAAUGAAGGCAGAGGCGCACCAGCUGAAGGUGUCUGAAAGCUCCUUGAUGGAGGAGAUUGAUGAGCUGAGAGGUGCGAACCACAGACUCCGACAGAUCAUUGGGGAUGCAGAUAACCAAACACCCAGACAGUCAUCCAGAGUCCCUGAGUCCACGUGCACAGGUCCUGGGACCAGCUUGCCCAGCUGCAGUCCUGCUCUGCCCUCCAACAAUCUCUCACAUACUACAACCAUUGGACAUUUCUCAAUGGGGAGCUCUGGAGAGGUCCAUCACACCUCGAAUGAGGAAACAGGCCAGACUCACUCAUCUCCAGUUCUACCUGUUCACCACCAGGCUGCAGCAGAGCACACACAGACUAAUACAGAGGAACGCUUCUCCUCUGCCAAAACAGAAACUCCACCUAAAAAUGAUCCUCUGAACCUCUUUUGCCACCUUGGCUCCAAAACCAACCCCAGCCUCCAGUCCCUUUCAUUGACUGCAGAGACACUAGAGGAGUUUAAACUGGGGACCUGGUGCUCUAGCGAGAUCCUAAACCUGGAGGAAAGCCCCAGUGAGGAAUCUGAUGCCCUGAAGGAAGCCUACAGGAGCUUGGGGUUGGGGGAGGAUCUUGAAGCACUUCAACAACAAUGUAACCGCCUGGAAGUCACCCUGCAGCACACGCAGGAGCAGCUGCAGAUGAUGGCUCAAGAAAAUACUCGACUGAAAUUACAGCUCAGGAAAGAGGCAGAGGAAGAACAAGCUGAGGCACAGCAGGGGUCUUCAAGAGAAAAGAUUAGCACACUACCUGCCAGUGAUGGGGAGGAUGAUCUUGUCAAGGCCCUGAAUCAGGAGAACCGGGCUUUAGCGGACCGGAUCCGGCAGCUUCUGGGUCACAUUGAGGUCAGAGAAGAGGAAAUCAAGAGGGGGGAAACACAGCUACGGCAGCAUAUCACCAACGUAGAGGCGGACAGAGUCAGGCUGGAGCAGGAGAACCAGGAACAAGGGUGUUUGAUCACAGAACUCAACCAGAAGACUGAGGAUGAUCUCAAUACCAUCAUGGAGCUGCAGCAAAGGUUAGAGGAGAGCCAACAGCAUAUGGAGGAAUCACACUUUGACAAGGAACCGUGUGGAUCUCAAUUGCAAGGUGAAUAUACAGCUGCAGUAUCAGGAAGUUUUCAACAGAACAACCUUGAAGAAUGUGUGGACAUUUUGGUGGAAAGGGUGCUAAACGGGGAAGAACCACAGCUGAUGUCCAGUCAACAACCAGACAAUUUGACUACAGCUUCAGCACCUGGUUCUCAACAUAAUAAUUGCUAUGAUCCCUUGCAGAACGGAAUGCAAAGCAGUCAGCAUGUUAGUUCGCUGACUGAUCAAGUGCACCUGCUGACCAAGUCAGUCCAGAGCCUUAAAACAGAACAAGAGGAACUGUCUGGUGACAUAAAUUCUCUCAGAGAGCAGCAGAGAGAGGUGGCAAUGUCAGUCCAAACACAGACAGAAGUGAAGCAGCAGUUAACUCGGACAGUUUGGGGAUUGAAAGAGGAGAGAGACAGCAUCUCUCAAUCUCUGGCUGGUCUCAAACAGGAGAGAGAGCAGCUUACCAGGACAGUCUAUGGGCUGAAAGAUGAGAGUAACCAGUUUAUAAGGUCUACAAGUGGCCUGAAAGAGGAGAAAGAGCAUCUAAGUGAGGCUUUAUCUGCUCUCGAAAGAGAAAAAGAGAAACUGUUAGAAUUUCUCUCAAGAGGAAAAGCGGAAAGAGAUCAAACCAUGCAGUCAGUACAACGUUUACAGUCAGAGAGUGACCAGUUAAGCCAGGCAGUGCUCUAUUUGAAACAGGAGAGAGACAAAUUAACCAAUUCCCUUAAGUGUCUGAAGGAACAGAGAGAUAAGGAGCAGUCAUCUUCCACUUUGCAAGAAGACCAAGGCGAGUUAAAAAAAUCAGUAAGCAGUUUGCAAGAAGAAAAAGAAAGAAUUGAAAGUUCAAUCGGUUGUUUGAAAACAGAAGAAAAGCAUAUAAAGCUAUUACUUCAGGGCCUAAGAGAGGAAAGCCUCCAAGCUGCUCUGCCCAGCCAAACACAAACAGAAGGGAGGGAUCAGAAGCAGCAUCUGCUGAAUCCAAACACUGCUGUUACGACGAAGAAGACUAAGACUUCUGUUGGGACAGACGAAUAUGCUACACAAAGAUGUCAGACGGAUGACCACAGCGGGACCUCUCUACUUAUGCAACAUGUUUUUGAUGGAAAACAGGUGCAAAGUGAUCUGAUGAGGGAGACUGAAGCUUUGGGAGCAGAACUAAAGAGGUCGCGAUAUGAACUGGAGAAGAGCCAUGUAGAUACCAAUAUGUUGCACAGUGAAUUGCAUCAAGCGGAAGUUAGGAGGGAGGAAGCAGAGAGAAAGGCCGCAGCUGACGAGGUGAUGAGGCUGACAGAUGUAGCCAAUCAGAUGGAGGAAACCAGAAAGGAAAACGACAGCCUCAUAACCCAGGUGAAGCAGCUACGGAGCGAACUGACAGGACUGGUCAGGGAGAAGACUGAUGCUCUGUCACUGAAGGCACAAAUAGAGGAGCAAUAUAACAUCCUUACAGCUCAGCUCAAAGCCAAGACGGUGGCUCUAGAGGAGCUAAACUCAGAGUACAUCGCUCUUAAACGAGGUCAGGGCGGCAAGGAGGAUCCGGGCACUGUUCUCAUUUCACUCAGGACACGUUACAAUGACAUCAGAGUGAAGUAUGAUGCACUCCUGAAAAAGAAGAGCCAGAAUGAUCUGGAAAUAGCUCCUUUAAAGGCCAAGCUGUCUUGCCUGGUGGUGAAGUGUCAGGAGAGGAACAGCUUGUUGUUUCAGAUGAUGAAGGCCAUGCACAGACGAGGUUGUGUGGACUCCACACUCACGCAGCAGGUUGAGCAGCUGCUCAGUGACGCGGCUCUGCAGGACUACGCUGCAGCAUUCACACCACGGAGCGUGAACGUAAAGACCCGGGAUUAUAGUACUUGGUUUACACCAGGAUUUUUUAAAUUUCAAGACUACACCAACGGGCUCACACCUGAUCAGACCUGCUCCACCAUACCCACACUUGUAAAUCAGCAUUACCAAAAUGGACUCACAACUGAAUCCAGAGUAAAAUGUAGAGAAUUAAAAAGUGAAAAACACAGAUCUUCAGUCACCACUGAAUCAAUGACAAAACAUCAAGAUUGCAGUAGUGAAGUCACACUUGCAUCAACAGUAACACUAAAGGAAAAUGCCAACUCACCAGUGCAAGAGCAUGCCAGCGUCCAAGCGACACCAUCACCUGUUGUUCCUUCACCGAAAGCGAGCUUGAUCAUCACUACGGCACAGCUUUCUCCCGCUGCCAGUGGAUCAGUUCAAGUAACCAGUGGACCCGAGAAUCUUGGAUUUCAUCAUCCAGACAUGAAAGGGAAGUCUUCCCUAGAUCUGGCCAGUUCGACUGGAUCCUCACGGAGUCCCACUCCUCCCUCCUCCAACACACGUGUGAGCCGGGGCAGGAGGCUGAGUAGCCCUGAGAAGAUCAUCAACCUACACGAGCAACUGCAGAAGACUUUAAUGAGCAGCUAUCAGGCUCCAGUGAGCAGAGGAAGAGGAUCUCAGCCCAGGGAAUGUCUCCCGUUUCCAGCUCAUACAGACCUGAGACCAGCCUCUCAGACAAAGACGCAGAGCCUCACUUUCAGUAUAUCACAUACCAACUCUCUCCUAGUCACCACUCCUUCGAGCCCAGCUAAGCACACUCCAGCCGUGACAGCCACACCUGUUGCCACUAAUAAGUCAACAACACUAUUUGAUACAGUCUCCUCAAGAUCUGCUAGUGUUACAUUCGGUACCAACAUGUUUACUGACUUUAAAGCAGACAGAUCUAAAACCACAACGUCUGCUCUUUCUAGCUCUUAUAACUUUCCAUUUGCCACUAUGGCACCUAGCAAAUCCACCUCAAGCAGUGCCACUAAUGGAGCAAUAUCCCCAAAACAGACCAUGAAAAUCACUGCUAUUCCUGACCUGUCUGAUGCAAAACAUACAGCUUCUACUCCUUUAACCUUCGACUCUGAUGUCUUCAUAAGUUCUGACACCAAUCCAAAAACCACUGCCUCAGACACAACUGCCUGUAGCAUAUCAACUGCCCCCAAGGCUAGUCAUUUUAACAGGCCUUCUAAAACGGAUGGUGCUUCCCCUACAUAUGAUAGGCUUGUAUCUGCUGCAUCCUGUGCUCAUUCUGCCCAUCGCUCUCCUGAGAGAUCCAACAAGUCUGCCAGAAAGUCUGUAACUGCUCUUGAAAAAACAAAGUCAGCAAGACCAGAAGCUCCAGCUGAGGUUCGCUCUGUUGAGGUCAUCAAAACAGUUGGGCAGAGCAGCCUCAUGAUUGGCUGGGAGAGGCCACCACUCGAUGAGCUGGGCUGCAGUAACGGCACAUUUGUGUACGGAUACAGGGUGUUUGUAGAUGGGGAUUUUCACAAGUCUGUCAUGAGCUCAGCGUGCACCAAGUGUAUUCUGGAGAAUGUUGACCUGAGCGUCCCAGUCCACAUCAGUGUCCAAACGCUUGGCUCUAAUGGUCUCGGUUCAAACAGUGUCCACACCAUGUAUGGGACUGACCACCACUGACUCAGUGUCCUGAAUACAACAAACAUAAUGGUGAGUCCACGAGAUUACAGAAACUCCUCGGUGAAAACCUUAACUGCCAGUGGCCGAGGUUUGAAUGCCAACUAUAGCUGCAGUCCUCUGAGGGGCCGUCCUAACCUCCACCUCAGCAAACAGCGAGGGAGACGCCGUCACACUGCCUCAGGCUCAGGUCAACCAAUCACAAAAAAUCGUCUCACGUUGUCUUUACCAGCCUAUGAACAUGCAGUGACCUAUGGCCGGCCGCUAAACCUCAAAAUGAUUAACUUAAGAUGUCAAACAAAAUACAGUGUAAGAUUCCUGCCUCUGUGCUGAGAAUUCAUUUGCAUGUCAGAGCAGAUCCUUGUUGGAAGAACUUCCUGUGUCAGAGUCCCUCCUACUGGAUUCACCAUCCUGGAAUGGAUAGGAUGUUGUGUUUGCCAGGUAAAAAGGCCGGAGCAGCUGCCAAUCAAACAGAUCCUGACAAACUGAUAAAAACACUACAAACACUACACUACAAACUAUAUGAAGCCAAGAUCAAUCACAUUGUCAUAAGCUGCCUGUGAUGCCAACAUUCACUAACAUUGUUCAACCAAGACAGAAAAUGUUGGAGGGACGUCUGCAUCUUGCUGCACAUUUUAACACUGUGUUAAACAUUGAGAGAUCAUGUGGCAUAUUGCUUCAUCAGCCUCUCUGGACUCUGUGACACGAACCGUUGGUUAAAGGGACAUUCACUGUAUGAAAAGCCUUUUCAAAGCAACACUCACUGUAUAAUGUGCCGACCCAACCUUGUACCCGAAGCUCAUCUUACUUGAUUUUUACACACAAAGCCAAAUACGAGAAAAGACUCCAAAGACUUAUCAGUUUCCUUGUCCUCAUAGGUCUACGGGGUUUACUUCAAACAAAGAAGCCAGGAGAUUUCUGGAAUUUGCACACAUAUGAUAUCUAGAAGAUAAAAUUUAAAAAAGAGAUUAUCACUGAUAUUUUUUGUAGAGAAUAUUAUAAAAAUAUGCCAAUUUACCACCUACUGUCUUUUUGUAUGAGUGGCACUUUGUUUUUCAUGCCUAAUAGAUGUUAUGUUUGCACGCUCACAUUGUUUUUUUAUUUUAUACAAUUUCACAACACACUGUAUGAUGUUCUUUUGCUACUUAAUGUAUGUAUGGGUGUGGAGUGGUCAUGGUGCAGCAAACGUAUUUUUCUAUCAUUAAUUGAAAAUAUUGAUUCCCAAUUGAUUCCUUACGACUGUACAGAGAAUAAAUGUUUAUAUAAUAUUAACUGUCA